AUGGCUUACUGCAAGAAAGACCUCGUAGAGGCGCCUGUGCAUGCUGAGCAGAUGACUGUCGGAGACCAGCAGGCUCACGACGAUGUGUUUGGCGAGAUCUCCGACGAUGGUCCUAAUUUUCGCAAUGUCGGCUUCGUGGGAACGAUCAUUCUCAUGGUGAAAACUCAAAUCGGUCUGGGAGUCCUCGCUAUUCCUUCUGCUCUCGACGUCCUGGGCAUGGUCCCUGGUAUCGUCUGUCUGUUUGUAAUGGCCUUCAUCACUACAUGGUCUGGGUAUAUCAUUGGAAAAUUCAAGUUGAACCAUCGGGAGGUUUACAGUAUCGACGACGCUGGUGGAAUCAUGUUUGGAUUACCUGGCCGAGUCUAUGUUGCCACUGGGUUCUGUCUUUAUUAUAUUUUCAACAGUGGGUCGGCCAUCCUGAGUCUAUCCAUCGGCAUGAACGCGGUGUCUAGUCAUGCAACCUGUACCGCUGUUUUUGCAGCUGUCGCAGCGAUUUUUGGGUUUGCCUUCAGUAGCAUUCGGACAUUGGCUCGGAUUACAUGGCUUGCAUGGAUUGCUUUGCCAUGUAUUCUCACUGCAGUGAUUAUUGUCACAAUUGCGGUUGGACUGCAAGGCCGUCCUAAAGCAGCGCCGGUAACAAGUGGCCCCUGGGAGUCUGAUUGGAAGGUUGUUGGAAAUCCUACUUUCGCCGAAGGAAUUGCCGCGGUCUCCAACCUUUUAUUCGCCUUUUCGGGCACACCUGGGUUCUUUUCGAUCGUUUCUGAGAUGGAGAAUCCCCAGCAAUAUCCAGUAGCAAUGGCUACCUGCCAGGCCAUUGUCACUGCUGUAUAUGCUAUCAUCGGUGGCGUCAUCUACUACUACUGUGGUAGUUACAUUUCUUCGCCGGCUCUCGGAUCUGCUGGUGGUGUUAUCAAGAUUAUCAGUUACGGAUUUGCACUGCCCGGGCUUCUCGGGACCAUGACAAUUGUCACGCAUAUCCCCGCAAAGUUCAUUUUCGUCCACCUUUUGCGCGGUUCUCGACAUUUAAGCAGCAACAGUCCAACACACUGGAUGGUUUGGUUUGGAUGCACCUUUGGCGUGACAGUGAUUGCCUGGAUCAUCGCCAGCACCAUUCCGGUCUUCGACGCUCUGGUAUCGCUGAUUGGUGCGCUGCUCGGUCCCGUCAUGUGUAUCCAACCGAUGGGGGCUAUGUGGCUGUACGAUAACUGGGGGAAUGGCAAGGGCCAGAAGAAAACCAAAAGUUGGAUUGUUGGCACAGUCUGGAGUGUCAGCCUGAUAGUACUGGGAAUUUCCUCAUGGGAGCUGGGACAUAUGGCUCGGUUUUGA